AAUUUGUUAUAGUCUACUACGUAUAUUUUAGGUUACUUUUAAAAUGUACUUUAAAAUAUAUUUGUAUUUUUUUCUUUUAGAUUCUUUGCCUGCCUUAAACUUUGCGGAUCACUGUACUCGGAGUAUCUCCAAAACAAACCCUUCUCUUCUCCGUUGCCCCGAAAUUGAAGAAGGAAUAAGAGAAUGUCAACGACUUGGAAAGAAAGUGCUGAUUUCUAUCGCAGGAGUAGGUGCAGCUGGAACUCUUUUCUCUGUGGUUAAUGCAAGGCAGUUUGCCCAGAACUUAUACGACUUGUUUCUUGGCGGUGAUCGAAGAACAAAGGAGCUCAGCCUCAGACCGUUUGGAUCGGCAGUAAUGGACGGUGUGGAUCUCAGUAUCGAAGGGGGAGGGCCUGAAUUCUAUCCUGAUUUCAUACGGGAACUACGCAGGCUCAUGGAUUCCGAGACAGGCGUAGCUAAGAGAAGCUAUCUGAUAACAGCCGCACCUCAAUGUCCGUAUCCUGACCAUAUUUUGGGACCAGAACGAAAAGGAACUGCCUUGAAGGAGGCAAGCGAGUAUGUUGACUACCUCUUCGUUAAAUUCUACGACGAUUAUUGUCACACUGGUAAUCAAACGUCAUUCCUUACAACAUUGGACAAAUGGCUGUAUUUUGCGCAAUCAAAUAAUGGGCCUCUGGUCUUUGUUGGGUUGCCAGCUCAUGCUUCAGCCUCUAUUGACGCCAUUCAAUAUAGGUCACCCAAAGAAUUACAAGUCAUUUAUGAGGUUUGUUAGCUUCAUGUCAUCUUUUAUUUAUGUUUAUUGAGGAUCUUCACUGGCUAAGGAAAGUAUUAUCGUGUUUUGAUCCGGGGGUGGGGG